AUGGUCGUGGUCCAAUCGAUCGAAGAGUCGGCACGACUGCUUUCCAUAUUCACUGAACCAUUCUCCUCAUUUUUGCGCUCAAUUCCGAUUGAGUUCGAGGAGUUUUCACCAAGUCAGAAGAUUGACGACGCUGAGGACGACGAUCAAGAUCUAGAAGCGUGUAUCGACGCUGAUGUCUUUAAACAGCCUGAAACCCAACAGGCAUCACAUAAUCUUCAUAACGUUACCGAAAAUGCUACGCUUCAUGUAGUAGAGCAGAGCAACUUCCAAGUUAUUCGGGAAGUUGUGAAUUGCCUGCUAAAUGCCUUCGAGCCGCCGACCACGACCAUUUCCACAUGCUGUUCGUUUAUUCGAGCCCAGCAAUCUGCUAGAACUCGUUCUAUUUUGCCUGAUACUCGGCACAUUGCUACUCUAGCUCCAGUUCAGGCGACAUUUCGAGAGCCAAAAAAGAAGAAAACAAUUAAAAGGUUGGUUUUAAUCAAGAAAAUGGCGGCUGAGGUGUGCCAAGUUAAUGAACCGCAUUGUUUCAUUGCAUCGCCGUCGACCGUCGAUCGUCCUUUUAAGCUGCUCGUCCAGAAGGAGACGUUCCUCAUUGAUGCCGCCUCGAUGAGCCGAAUUUCGCCGAUCUUCAACAUCAUGUGCUUCGGCAAAGAUUUUGAGAAAAUGGAUUUGUCGCGAGAGAUUGUUGAUGAGAAGUCCGUCGACAUCAAUUGCUUUUUGCGUGCUGUUCACGACACUUCGAUCAUUAAUUCAUCCAACUUUGCCCUGGUUCUCAGACUUUCCAACAAAUAUCAAGUUGAGCCUGUGAUUGAAGCUUGCCAACAAUAUAUUAUGCGCCAACACCUUGACGUGUUGAAGCCUGAUGAGAUUCUCAACAUGCUCAUCGCUGCUUAUGAGCAUCAUUGUAAAAAAGAAGUUCUUCACAAAUUGAUUCGUCGUUUGGCGUCGGAAGGCAACAGCGUUUUCACCAAAUUGAAAAUCUCACGCUACCUUCCAGCCCAAGUCUAUGGCGCUGUGAUUUCGACGUCAAUGAACUUGAACCAAAUGAAAGAGCACGAGGCAAUGAAUGGCCACGUUCUUAAAACCGAAAGAAACAAGAUUCGUUGGCGACAAUCUGUAUGCGAUGAAUGCAAGGUCAUCCAUGAAUGCUCGAACUGUGAGGAAUGCAAGAAGGCGCUUUGCCGUGAGCAUGUCGAAAAGAAGAAGUGUGCCAACGAUUACGGUUCGCGUCUCACCGAAGAUUUAAGAAAAAAAAUUGUUGACUUCGAGUGGAACGACUAG